CAUUUGCAGUGAUGAUGUUGGUGGAUGGCGGUGGUGAUGUGGGCGAACGAAGACGACGCUGGUGACAUGGGGGGGGGGGGGGGGCAUUGUGGUGCUCAUGUUGGUGGGUCGCGGUGAUGGGUUUGACGGUCGAACCCGUUCAGGAGGGGUUGCCGCCACAUGGAGAUGAUUUGGCCACAACCGACUUUGAAUGAGCGAAGUCGGAGGCAGCCAAACCACGAGCGGGGGGUGACAUUCAAAAACUCCGCACAGAUGGAGUCAAGAAUCCAUCGUUGCGUGGCCACCACGCAAACCCGAGCCCGCACCACCUGAGCAGUCGAGAGCCACGGUGCUAACGGGCGGCGUGGAGUCUCGAGUCCCCUCGUCGACACUGGGACCCUGACGCUGCGAUGAGCAGAUUCCCGUGGAUGGAGGAGCGCGCCGCUGCUGGGGUCGACUUGCCCGCGGGGAUGAGUGGGGGUCCCGGGGGAGCGAGACCCCCUCGGUGGGGUCAGUGCGACCCCCCUUCGCCGGAGCAGAGAGACAGGAUUGAGCGGCUUCGGACGGAGAUGGCGACCGUGCGAGCGAUGGACGUGGACCUGUUCCAACGUUUCACGCAGCUCCUCGACGAGGUUCGCUCCCUGAGGCUCCACCUCAACCACGAGUGUGCUUCCUCCUCCUCCAGCAGCAGCAGCAGCAGCACCAGCAGGAACAGCAUCAUCAUCAGCAAGAGCAGCAUCAGCAGGAACAGCAUCAUCAACAGCAGCAGCGUGGACGAGCCUUGCGCCUCGAGCCCACGUGAUUCUGCCGAGCCUCCUGAACUGAUGACACCACCUCCUCGACCACCGACUCCUCCUCAUCAUCGCCACCGCCUCCUCCUCCAUCGCUGCAGGGACAGACCCCGAUGCCUCCAUCUGCCCAACAGCUCCCCGCACUCGCGGGAGACUCAACCCACGGCAGCGACGGUGGACUCGCAACGUGACGAGGUGACCCAGGACGACGGCGACGAUGUUGGCGGUGGUGGCGGCGGCGAGCGGCCGGGCGAUCGGGGGUUGACGCUCGGCUCCACCGGGAGCUCCGAUUCCGACGACUCCGCCUUGCGCUUCCACGGCCCGCUGCCGAGGCUGAGGAUUUGCGAGACUCCCGCGGAGGCGAGCAGCGCCGAAGAGGAGGACUUACAGGAGGAGGACGGGGGAGAGGAGACGAUGGGACGAGGGAGCAGAGCCCUCCUGCCGCGGCUCCCCGUAGUCCCCGGAGCGCCGGUGGCGCGCGGGGGCCACGGGGGGGACGGGGGCGUCCGCGUGGUGGUCGGCUCGGCGCAGCUGCGCGGCGAGGGCAGCCGAGGGGAGCGUGGAGGCGGCAGGGCCCCGAGAUUCGGGGGGCGCUGGCGCUGGCCGGGAGAGGGGGCGGACGCGAGCUUCGUGUAG